AUGAAAUCCGCGUCCACGACUGUUCCAGGUUUUGAGCGUGUCAUUGCAUCUUCACCUUACGCAAAGCUAACUCGGCAACGCCAAUCGGUUGAGUUGUCUCCAGAUGUUUGCAAAAUGCUGAACAAUGACCGGGAAUUACGUCCACAAGUCAGGUAUUUUACUGCAAAGGUGUUGUCUGGCGCCAUAAUUCACAACAUUUUUAAUAGUGAAGCUAUCAUGACCAAUACUAUAGAACCUUAUGGAAGGACCAACUACGUCGAUGCACACCGUGAAACAUUUGGAAAAGAGAAAAAUACUGCAAUAACUACAUCAAUACCACCUCCUACUUACACCAUGUACAUCAAUGUAUGGCUCCCAUGUAUCGGUUCCAAGUGCAUGACUUUUCAACUGACCACCACCGCUGAUUCCAUGAGCACAAGAAUUUCUCUCAAUUUGACCUGCUUGCAAGAAGUAUUUACCACUCUAGCGUCGCCACAAACCUCAUGCAUAUCCACAUCCAACAUCAUCUACCAACUACGGCAGAUUCGAAGCAAUUUUAGCUCACCAAAUGCAUAA